AGAAUCAGUGUAAUUAGUCCAAAACUGAAAAAACAAAAAAAGGAGAGGAAUGAGAAUGAAGAUCGACACAGACAGCAUAGUUGUGCCAUUAAGUUUGUUGAUAGCAGUGGGAUACCAUGUCUUUCUGUGGAGCACCUUCAAGCACAACCCUUCUCGUACUUCCCUUGGCAUUGAUUCCUCCAAACGCAAAGCUUGGUUCCGUGACAUCAAAGAGGGUGAUGAUAAGACUGGAAUGUUGGCUGUACAAAGCUUGAGGAACAAAAAAAUGGUGACAAUUCUCACCGCUUCCAUCGCCAUACUUAUCUUCCUUUCUCUAGCCGCGGUAACUAACAACGCGUUUAAAGCGAGUCAUCUCAUCACCGCGGCCGAUGACAUCUUCUUCGGCUCACAAAACGCUAAAAUCUUCGUCCUAAAAUAUGCCUCUGCCUCGUUGCUUCUUGCGGCGAGCUUCUUCUUUAGCUCAAUUGCUCUGAGUUAUUUUAUGGAUGCAAUUUUCCUAAUCAACGCGAUUGCUAAGAAGACUGAAGGAGACUGCGACUGCGGUUUUGAUAUCACGGGGACAACGUCGUUUAGGGAGUAUACAAGAUUGGUGCUGGAGAGAGGGUUUUUAAUGGCUAUGGUUGGGAACAGAGUUAUGUGCGUUUCUGUACCGUUGUUGCUUUGGAUGUUUGGACCGUUACCGGUGCUUGCGUCUUCGUUAGGCCUUGUUUGGGUAUUGUAUCAGUUUGAUUUUUCAGCGAACGCUAAAAUUUCUGUUUGUAAACCAUAGAGUACAUUGAAAAUUUGGUUGUAUUGUAGUCCAGAGUGGUUUAGUAUCACCCGGUUAACCCGAUUUAAACCAAAAAAUAAACUAUUUGACAUUUUGGGCCUA